AUGACACAUUCAAUUUCCCAGAAGGAAGUGGAGGAAUUUCGUGAGAUGUUCGACCUUGUUGACACGGACCAUACUGGCCGCAUUACGUCUGGGGAGUUACGCAAGCUGAUGGAGACACUGCGUCUCCGCCCCACUGAGGAGGAAUUGGAGCAAAUGUUUCUAGAUACUGACGCAAACGAUUCCAACAAUGGGAUAAACUUUGAGGAGUUUGUUGCCUUGAUGUCUAAACGAGUUCAGUCUGACUAUACGCCAGAGCAACUGCGAAACGCCUUUAAGCUUUUUGAGACGGAAGACAUGCCUUCUGGCUACGUUUCGACGGAGGUACUGGAGCACGCACUUGUGUCGUACGGUACGGAGAAACUGACUCACGACGAGGCGACACGCUUAUUAGCGGCAGUCGACCCCGAAGGAACUGGAAGGAUCAACUACCUUGAGUUUGUGUCCAUGGUGAGCGGCACAGAAUCCUAA